AGAGAGCCGCUAGUUUCACUGAUAAUAUCAGUUCAUGUGCUGUUGACAAUAGUGGAGGAAGGACUGUGAUCUUUUUGUUGUGCAAAAUAAGCAAUACCACAGAGUAGAAGUACUUCACUGAUAAUUCAAGCAGCUUAACAGUAACCUAAGUCAGUUCAGAGGAACUUCAGGUCAAGGCUAGAGACCGGUGUCACCUGUCAUGGAGCCCAGCAGAUGUGUGAUGGCACGGCGUGCAGAGUUUGAUGACUGGUCAAAGCAUUACUCAAAAUGAACACUGGGCUCCUCGAGGACUAUUCACCAAUAUUUGGGCACAUUUACAUAACACUAUGCACAUAACAACUAUUGCUGGUCAAGGUGGAGCUAAUUUUAACAAUGUACUGCUGAGUUCAACAGGUGAAGCUCUUGCCUCUCAACAAACAAAAUCUACCAGAGGGUCAAAGUUCACAUCAGAGAGAGUGGCCCUGAUGGUUCUCUGUGCUCUGAUGGCAACUGCUGCCAUUGUUAUUUAUGAUUUAGAUAAUUUCCUAACUCUCCAAACACUGAGAGAUGAGAAUGAAGCUCUGAAAAGAAACCUCACAGAGAGACUCAGUGAGACAAAACCAUGCACCACAGUGCAGCCUGUGUCUUCAAAACCUCCUGAAGUAAAAGAGAGACUCAGUGCAACAAAACCACACACCACAGUGCAGCCUGUGUCCACAAAACCUCCUGAAGUAAAAGAGAGAAGUGAAACAAAACCAUGCAUCACGGUGCCCCCUGUUUGCCCAACACCUCCGGAAGUAAAAAUAAAUGAUUCAUGUGUGAGGUGUGAAACAGGCUGGGAGCAACAUGGAGGACAGUGUUAUUAUUUCUCCACCAGACGUUCAUCCUGGAAUGAGAGCAGAAGCUUCUGCCAAAGUGAAGGAGGAGACCUGGUUAAGAUAGACAGAAGAGAGAAGCAGAGUUUGCUGGAGAAAACAGUGAGAGACAAAAUGGACCAUGUUGAGGACUUGUUCUGGAUCGGACUGACAGACUCAAAGACAGAGGGUGAAUGGUUGUGGGUGGAUGACUCACCACUGAACACAAGUCUGAGUUUCUGGAUGUCAUGGGAGCCAGACAACUGGAGAGGGGAGGAUCCUGAUGGAGAGAACUGUGCGAGGAUGGGGGUGAGAGGAGGAGCAACAGAUCUGAAGUGCUGGAAUGAUAUAUCCUGUAAAGCGAAUGAGAAAUAUAUUUGUGAGAAACAAGCAGAGAACGGACGUUGGUCAUGUAUCUGAAAUCCAGUUAAGCCUGAGUUUAACAAUCUGUGACAUGAUGCUGGU